AUAAUCGUUGGUAAAGAGGGAAAAACUGAAACAAUUUAUGCCAAUUCUUUUAUACUUAAGAAUAUUUUCAAAGUGCCUUGUCAAAAGGCUGAAGUUGAGAACAUAGACUUCAAUGCAUCACAUGAUAUGAGAACACUUUUGGAUACAUUUUCACUCACAGACGAAAUGGGCAUCAUGGUAUUGCGUCAUGGAUUGAAAUCAUAUUUCAUCGAAAAUAUUAUAACAAUUAUGAAAAGCAACCCAUUAUUAGUUUUAGAAUUUAUUAAGAAAUUUAUUUUGUAUGAUGAUUUGAAAGAGGUAUUUUUAAAAGCUUUGUGUUUGAAUCCGGCGCAAUUAUUUAAUUUCAGUAACAAAGAAAUUCAUGAAAAUAUUCUCUAUAAAUUAAUAUCGAGGUCAGAGUUAUGUCUGGAAGAAAACUUGUUAUUAAGUAAAAUGAUUCAAUGGUUGUUGGAUACAAACUGGUUUCUGGAUAAGCCUGUCAAGCUUACAAAUGAAAAUUUGGUAUUCGAAUGUCCAGUACCUAAAUCACUUCUUACAAAAGUUAAAUACACUAAAAGUGAAGAAUUUACAGAUAUAAGAUACACAGCUAUCACAUGCGAUCCAGACGAGUUUGAAAUAAAAAAAUAUUUAAUACGACAAAAAAAAUAUAAGCAAGAUACCGAAAUAAUGAUUGUUAUUACAAUGUAUAAUGAAAAUGAUACUCUCUUUAUUAAAACAAUGUCUUCUGUUAUAAAAAAUAUCGCUUAUAUUUGUUCAAAAGAAAGUUGGGGAGAUGAAGGCUGGCAAAAAAUUGUCAUGUUAAUAGUAUCAGAUGGUCGUAAUAAAAUCAAUAAACGGACACUAAAUGUCUUGAGUGCUAUGGGCUGUUACCAAGAUGGAAUUAUGCAAGAUUGUAUCAAAAAAAGAGCUGUUACUGUACAUCUUUUUGAAUAUACUACACAAUUAAUGGUCGAUAAUUAUUUUAAUGUCAAAGGGAAAGACUAUACUUUUAAUAGUGAUCCUCAUGUAGGUGGUGCUUGUGGAGAAAUUAAAGUAGACUUUGGUUAUAAAUGUAGAAACCUUCUUAAUCCUUUAAUUGCUUUUCAAAAUUUUAAAUAUAAAAUGUCUAAUAUCUUAGACAAACCAUCUGAGUCUGUUUUUGGCUACAUCUCAGUAUUACCAGGUGUUUUCUCCAUAUACAGGUAUAAAGCAAUAAUAAAUGGACCAUUGGAAUCAUACUUUAAAGGUGAGACUAUGUAUAGGUUAGAUGCUACUAAGACUGGUAUAUUUGAAGCAAACAUGUACCUGGCAGAAGAUCGUAUUUUAAGUUUUGAGCUUGUUAUUAAGAAAAAUGAAUCAUGGAAAUUAAAAUACAUAAAGUCAGCUAAAGCAGAAACUGAUGUCCCAGACAAUGUGCCUGAAUUUAUUUCCCAACGUCGUCGCUGGUUGAAUGGAUCUUUCUUUACUGCUUUCUAUUCUAUUUCCAAAUUUAAUCGUAUUUGGAGAUCUGGACAACCAUUUUUUCGCAAAAUAUUAUUACAAAUACAAUUCGUUUAUAAUGGUAUACAAUUAAUCUUCAACUGGUUCUCUUUGUCCACCACUUCAAAUCCUGCAAUUGAUCCUUUCAAAGGCCAUGGUGAUAAUUUAUUUGAUGCUGCACAAUCGUUGUAUUUAAUAAUUAUUGUAAUAAUUUUCAUUUGUUCAAUGGGUAAUCGUCCUCAAGGAACAAAAUUGAUAUACACACUCUCAAUACCACCAAUAGAUUUUAAGAACCUUUCGAAUAUUCAAGAAACUUUAAGGAAUGCAGCAUUCUAUAAUAUUAAUAUUGGAAAUCUGAGCGGAGUACUGCUAACUGAAGAAGAUCCAGAAUCUGUUAAAAUUAAUAUAAUUGAAGAAGGUGAGGAUAAAAAUGCUGCAUACGAAAAUAUUAUCUAG